GAUAAUGUUUUAUUAUCAUGCAAUUAUAAGCAUCUCUACAAAAUGUAUUUAAAAGAUCAAAACUUCACUUGUCCCGCCCCAUCAUAAAUGAUUUAAAGCUCCCCUUACACCUUCCCGUAUUUCUCUUUUGAUUUCCUCUCCCAACAUUCUUCAACUUGUUGCUACCCUUUCUUCUUCCCCGAAACCAAAUCCUUUGAAAGUUCAAACCUCCGCAACUUUUUUCUUGGCCAUGACAACCUACGGCACGAUCCCGGCUUCCACACUCCCUUCGGCCAACCUUGAAUACCUAUCUCGAGCCAAAGAACGUAUCAAAGAUGGCCUCGGAGCUCGACAUCCAUGGAAACUCAUGUUCAACAUCCACUCCCUCAACUGCCCUCGAACCUUCUCUGAAGCCAUUUCCAGGUUUAGAGCUAACUUAGCUUACUUCCGCAUGAAUUAUGCCAUAAUCGUGCUUCUAAUCCUUUUCCUCAGCCUAUUAUGGCACCCCAUCUCCCUCGUAGUCCUCAUUAUCAUGAUGGCCCUUUGGUUGUUCUUGUACUUCCUACGGGAUGAGCCAUUGGCUAUUUUCAACCGCACGAUCGACGACCGUGUAGUGCUGGUUGUGUUGGGGGUUUCGACCUUUGUGUUCUUGCUGUUGACUGAUGCCACCAGCAAUAUCUUAGUGUCAGUUAUGAUUGGUGCAGUGGUUGUUUUGGUGCACGCUUCGUUGAGGAGGACUGACGAUUUGUAUGAUGAAGAAUCUACUGGCUUGGUGUCUGGACCUUCUUCGUCCUCAUAAUUCUGGGUUUCUUUUUCACUUAUCAUUCGUGUGGGGUUUAAAGUGAGUCAUAUAUUGCUUUCAGUGUGGUAUUGACCUUUUUUUCCCUUUAGUUGUCUGUUUCCAAGUGUUGUUUAGUUUAACAUUGUUAAGUGCCAAAUCAAAGAUGAUGUGGUUUUAUCCUCUGAAUCAUGCAUUGAAUGGGAUUUCUGCAAGAGGUUGAUCCAA